CUAGGCACAUUUGGGAGUCACUCACAGGUGCUACCAGGAGUCAGUGAUUCCUCAAUACCAGCUUUAUCAUUCAUACUCCUGCUACUGUCACCAACUAGAUCCAUCAUGUCUCAGCAUAAGGACAACCCACAAUGCUCACAUGACCAACACCUUCAGGCCAAUAGUAAUACCCAGGGCCUAGAGGUUGUACAGGUCUCCAGGUGUCAGGAGGAGACCCCUGCCUUCUCCAACUCUCUAAUACCUGCCAAUUCAAAGGAGGCUCCUGAAGCUGGGACAGCCAAUAUUCCUGUGUUUCAUCAGCAUUUUGGCUUCUCCUCUGCCUUUGCCAUCAUGCCCACCUCAUCAAGCAAAUCAAAUGAGGGUUGGAGCGCCCAAGAGGAGGAGCACCCAAAUUCCUCACAGGCUGCACCUGACACCAAGAAUGUGCCCAUAGUUGAUCUAGAUGAGAAAGUAGCAAGGGUUGUGAGUUUCCUACUGCUCAAAUAUCAAACAAAAGAGCCUAUUACCAAGGAAGAUAUGUUGAAGAUAGUCAUCCCUGGAUAUGAAGACCAUUUACCUGAGAUCCUGAAGAGAGCUUCUGAGUGCAUGGAGAUGAUCUUUGGCCUUGAUGUGCAGGAAGUGGAUCCAAUCAACCACCACUAUGGACUGCUCAUCAAACUGGGUCUCACCUAUGAUGGGAUGCUGAGUGGUGAUGAUGGUCUACCCAAGACUGGCAUCCUGAUUGUUGUCCUUGGAGUAAUCUUCAUGAAGGGAAACCGGGCCACUGAAGAAGAACUCUGGAAAUUUCUCAGUUUGAUGGACAUUUACCCCGGGGUGAAGCACUUCAUUUUCGGAGAACCCAAAAACCUUAUCACCAGAAAUUUUGUGAAGGAAAACUAUCUGGUAUACCAACAAGUGGAGAAUAGUGAUCCUCCUCAGUUUGAAUUCCUGUGGGGCCCACGUGCCCAUGCUGAAACCACGAAAAUGAAAGUUCUUCAGUUUCUUGCCAGGGUUAAUAACACUGAUCCACGUUCUUUUGCAUCCCAUUAUGAGGAGGCUUUGCAGGAUGAAGAAAUGAGAGUCGGGGCUGAUUCUCCUUAUGUGGCUACUGCCACAUCUAACAAUUCCUCCCAAACUUAGCAAAGCAAGGGAUAGUUACUCCGUGCAUUGUUUGACGACACGGAGUUCAUAUAAUUUAUGUCUUAGGUUUGGAUGAAAGGAACAUAAUGAACAUGCCUAUGUGUUCCUAUUUCGUAUGUGUAAGUUGAUAUUUCUUUCAUCUAUGUAUUAUUCAAAUAUUGCUUCCUUUAAUAUGGAUUUCAUUAAUUUUAAGAUCUCUAGGUUUGGUGGAUGAUAUUGUUCACAUAUAUAAUGCUACAAUGAGGUUAAAUAGAGCUUUGUUGCUUUGUAGAAGAAAUUGUGAAACACACAUCUUGUUUUGUCAUCUGGAACAAGAUAACAAUAUCGCCAUAAGCAUUUUAUGGAAAUGUGGAAGAACUUUCCUUUUACAUCAAAAGAGGAAAAUAAAGGAAACUUUCCUUUUACAUCAAAAGGGAAGAGUAAAGGAAUAUGAAAGAUAGUAAAAUCUUCCCUUUCCAUUCCCUUUGUCCUUAUUCCUUAUAAAUAAAUGAUACAUACCUGCAAUACUUGUCUUGUUCAGCAAUGUAUGAGAAAUAAAUCUUAAAAAAUG